AUGGAGGUCCUGAUUCAGCUCCAGGACACAGAAGAGCUGCAGACUCAGCGCCCGCAACGAGUGGCCAACCUGCUCUGCCGGACUGCAGAGAAGCCAGUGCGGCUGGAGGCCCAGGGUUUCCCAGACUCCCUGCCUGCCGCGCAGCACCUACUGGUGGCCUUGGCCUCCUUCCGCACCCGGGAGAAGCCACCGCAGCUGCAGCAGUGAUGGGCCUCAGCGAUCCUGCUCUUCCGGCUGCAGACAGCACUUCGAGCCCAGAACACAGGGCCUUCUGCCUCAGAGGGCCUGCGCCCUGUGGAGCUGUCCCAGCACUGGGCAGGCCGGGAGCGGGCAGAGGCCUCACAGAGCCGCCUGCAGCAGGGACUCCUGCAGCUAGAGCGCCUGGAAACCCUGGCCCAGGGCUUCCAGCGCAAGGCAGCCCUCAGGGAGAACUAUCUGACAGACAGGGAGCAGGUGCUGGGCCAGGCUGCAGUGCCCACCAGCUCAGCCACAUUGGAGGUGGCUGCCCAGACGGGCAUUCUGGAGGCGGGCAUCUUGCCCCAGGAAGGGUGCUUCCAGGCGUUGGCCGAAGUUGUGGACAUCUUCCAGCAGGAGCAGUACCACAGCUGGGCAGAUGUGACCUGCAGGAGAGCCCCAGGUGUCACUCGGCGCUGGGAGCAGCUCCUGCAGCGUCUCCAUGGGCAGAGGAAGUGAGUGGCAGGCAUCAGCCUGCUGCAGGAGGUAGAGUCGGCCUCCAACCAGCUCAAGGAGCUGCAGGUGCUGGCCAGCUCCAGGGCCUGUGGGCAACAGCUGGCAGAGGUAGCGGAGCUGCUGCAGAGACAGGACCUGCUGGAGGCCCAGGUCUCUGUGCAUGGAGACCAUGUAAGGCCUCUGGCCCACCAGACCACAGAGCUGAACUCCUCCCCGGGCACCGGUGCGGAGGUGCUACAGGCCAAAGCCCGGGAGCUGACCCGGCUCCACCAGCCUGGUGUUGACCCUUGCUGUCUCAGGCGGGCCUUGCUGGAGCCGACCCUGCAGAGGGCAGAGUUCCCGCACGCCUGUGAGGAGGAAGAAGCCCGGCUGGUGGAGGACGCGGCCCUGGGCCAGGAUCUUGGCCAGAUCGCAGCCACUCUGCAGAAACACAAGGUGCCUGCUACCUUGAGCCUGGAAGCCGAGCUCCGAAGCCACCAGGCUGUGUGCGCUGAUCUGCAGCGGCGGGGAGGGGACCUGGGCGCCCGCUGGCUCCGACCCGGCAGGAUCCCAGCAAAGCCAGGCCCCACAGAGAGCCAGGUGCUGCAGGAACAGGUGGGGGGUCUGCAGGAGUUACUGGGGCAGAUGCCGCAGCAAGUGGCCCAACAGGCCCAGGCCCGGCAGAGCUUCCUGCAGGAGAGCCAGCGACUGUGGGCGAGGUGCCCAGGCUCAGCUGUGCGCGAGGAGGUGGUGGGUGUGGCCUCAGCCCAGCAGCUGCUGGAGCGGGACCUGCUGGAGGGGAUCCACGCGCGGCAGGAGAGGAUGCAGCAGCUGGAGGCUCGGGGCCAGCCCACGGCAGCGGUGGACCCCCGAGAGGACAGUGCUCUGAGGCUCCCAGGCCAGCAAAGCGGGGGGCUGAAGGCCACCUGGGAGCAGAGACAGCAGAGGCGGCAGGAGGGGCUGGAGCUGCAGAAGUCUGGCCAAGAAGCAGAUGGUUUCUCUUCGAAGUGUGCCCACCAUGAGGCCUUCCUGCGGCUGGACAGCCUCGGGGAGGAUGGGGAGGCCCGGGGCCUGCACCAGGAGUCUGGGUGGCUCUUGGGCACCCUGGGCCUUCGGGCAGAGGCUCUGUGGGCACGCGGCAAGAAGCUGACUCAGAGCCAACACCCUGCCGCACACAAGGUCCGAGAGCAGCUCCAGAGUGUCCAGGCGCGGUGGACCAGUGUUCAGGAGAGUGGUCAGAGGAGGAGGCAGCUGCUGGCUUCCCUCCAGCUGCAGGGAUGGAAGCAGAAUGUGGCUGAACUGAUGCUGUGGAUGGAGGAGAAGGGGCUGAUGGUGGUGGACGAGCCCUCCCGGGAGCCCGGCAACCUCCUGCAACUCAAGUAGCACGAAGCAGCUGAGCGCGAGCUGCUGGCCACCCAGGGGCACGUGGAGGGCCUGCGGCGGUAUUUUCUGGUUGCGUCAGGGCUUGAGGACGGGGUGGAGGAGUGGCCGCUGGUGAGCAGUCAGGACUACGGCGGAGACGAGGCAGCCACCACCAAGCUCGUUGGGAAGCACCAGGAGGUGAUGGUGGACACCGGUGGCCUGGGACAGGACCGUGAGCACUGCCUGCAGCUCCUCAAACAGGUCCAGGAGCUUCGAGGAGUCCGGGCCUGGGGCUCAGUGGAUGGCAUCUACAUCAGGAGCAUCAAUGACUUGUCACUGCAUCUCAAGAACCGGGACCCCGAGCAGGUCAAGACCAUCUGCCAGUGGCAACACCAGCUCAACAGCAGGCCAGUCCCACGAUGGGAAGGGUGGCACAGCUUCCGUGGCAACCGGCUCUAGUACCAGCGGCAGCUUGAAGAUGCCCUGGAGAUGCACACAUUGGCCUGUGAGCUGGACGCUGUCCCUGAGCGGAUCAGGGAGAAGGAAUUGCUGGUCUGGGCCCAGCGGCUGCGGGCUGAGAUGGAUGCCCAAAGCCCCGCAGAGGCCUGGCGCAUGCUGGAGGAGCACCAGGGGCGAAAGCUUUUUCUGCGCUCUGUGGAGCAGACGGGAAGUUGGCUCCGCAGCCGGAAGCGGCUGUCAACGGAAGCCUUCUCUGGGCGGCAGCAUGGGGACCAGGCUCCAGCCCGUUUAGAAGGCUCGACGUACCCGGAGGUGUCUGUGGCAGGCUUGCGGGGAAUUCAGUGCCAUGUCUGGGUGUACUGGGUACACGCAAUGGUGGAGCCCCCAGUGGGGCCACCCGCACCCCCCAAGGUCCUGGAAUAG